GUCCCCGCCCUCGCCCAGGGACCGCAGCCGGCUGAGCGGCGCUGCUGGUGUCAGAGCCCGGCGAGCGCUGGCAGUUCCGCGGCGGGGAUGCUGAGGAGCGCUGGGUCUGCAAGCAGCCCCGGCCACUGCGGACUCCAGGGGCACUCCGGGCCGUGAGAACCCCUGCGCCGCGACCAGUCCCGGGCUCCCGAGGGCAUUCACCGCUCCAGAAGCCGGAGGAAAGGAGAGUCCAGCGCAGCAGCGGUCGUGCCCGGAUUCGAGGCUUUCGGAGCGUUCUGGAACCCCGAGAGACGCCCGGGCUCUAGAACCUCCCCAGCGGCCCCAGUCCCGGCUUCCUGCGUGCAUCCGUCCAAACCCGCCAGGGGUGCACUGGCCUUCGGCGAGCCGCGGUGGGACCUGGAGCACACCAUGAUCGUUGCGGACUCCGAGUGCCGCACGGAGCUGAAAGGCUACCUGCCGUUCGCCCGGGGCGGCGGCGGCGGCGGCCCCGGGGCCGAGGAGGAGCAGAGGGAGAGCCAGGCUCGGCGAGGCCCCCGAGGGCCCAGCGCCUUCAUCCCAGUGGAGGAGGUCCUUCAGGAGGGAGCUGAGAGCCUGGAGCAGCACCUGCGGCUGGAGGCGCUGAUGUCCUCGGGGCGGGCGGACAACCUGGCAGUGGUGAUGGGCCUGCACCCCGACUACCUUAGCAGCUUUUGGCGCCUGCACUACCUGCUGCUACACACAGAUGGGCCCCUGGCCAGCUCCUGGCGCCACUACAUUGCCAUAAUGGCUGCCGCCCGCCACCAGUGUUCCUACCUGGUGGGCUCCCACAUGGCCGAGUUUCUGCAGACCGGAGGUGACCCUGAGUGGCUGCUUGGGCUCCACCGUGCUCCUGAGAAGCUGCGCAAGCUCAGUGAGAUCAACAAGUUGCUGGCACAUCGGCCAUGGCUCAUCACCAAGGAGCACAUCCAGGCCUUGCUGAAGACCGGCGAGCACAGCUGGUCCCUGGCGGAGCUCAUCCAGGCUCUGGUCCUGCUCACCCACUGCCACUCGCUGGCCUCCUUCGUGUUUGGCUGUGGCAUCCUCCCUGAGGGGGACCCGGAGGGCAGCCCUGCCCCCCAGGCACCUUCACCCCCCAGUGAGCAGAGCAGCCCCCCCAGCAGGGACCCAUUGAACAACUCUGGGGGCUUUGAGGCGGCCCGGGAUGUGGAAGCUCUGAUGGAACGCAUGAGGCAGCUGCAGGAAAGCCUGCUGCGGGACGAGGGAGCAUCCCAGGAGGAGAUGGAGAGCCGCUUUGAGCUGGAGAAGUCAGAGAGCCUGCUGGUGACCCCCUCAGCUGACAUUCUGGAGCCCUCUCCACACCCAGACAUGCUGUGCUUUGUGGAAGACCCCACUUUUGGGUAUGAGGACUUCACCCGGCGAGGGGCUGAGGCACCCCCCACCUUCCGCGCCCAGGAUUAUACCUGGGAAGACCAUGGCUAUUCACUGAUCCAGCGGCUCUACCCCGAGGGUGGGCAGCUGCUGGAUGAGAAGUUCCAGGCAGCCUACAGCCUCACCUACAACACCAUGGCCAUGCACACUGGAGUGGACACCUCCAUGCUCCGCAGGGCCAUCUGGAAUUACAUCCACUGUGUCUUUGGCAUCAGAUACGAUGACUAUGACUAUGGGGAGGUGAACCAGCUCCUGGAGCGGAACCUCAAGGUCUACAUCAAGACGGUGGCCUGCUACCCAGAGAAGACCACCCGGAGAAUGUACAACCUCUUCUGGAGGCACUUCCGCCACUCAGAGAAGGUCCACGUGAACUUGCUGCUCCUGGAGGCCCGCAUGCAAGCUGCCCUGCUCUACGCCCUCCGUGCCAUCACUCGCUACAUGACCUGACUCCCGCCAGGGCCUGGGUCCAGAGCCGCUGACCCUGGGCGCAUCCUCCUCCCUGCAAGGACUUCUGUCUGGAAACAGACCCCGAUCCCUUUCUGUUCCAUGCUCCCCACCCCUCUCUGGGGCUUGGCUUGUGUGUGAUGUGCAGCCCCCAAGCCAUACCCACUUUUUCUCACUGGGAUGGACAGGAUCAUUGUACUGACUCUGGGAUCUCAGCUCUGCCCCUGGGAGCUGGAAGAGGACUAGCAGAUCCCCAGGGGGCAUGCCCUUCUUCCUGCCCCUGACCACAGAGACAGAGAGCACAGGAAGGAAAAAUGGGCUGAGCUUGGACUUGUGUGCCAGCAGGCUUGGGCUUGUGUGACCAGGCACCACAAGCACUGUGGCCUUCCUAGACUGGGAAGUCCCUGGCUGGCCCCCAAGGGAGAGGGGCAAACAGCUCCAGGGACUGACACUCCAAUCAGCUUGGCCUUUCCUCCUCCUCCCUCAUUCCCAGAUUGCAUUACCUCCCACCUGCCAUUCACCUGUCAAUGUGAAAGUCGGGGUCACAGCUGGUCUGUGCGUCCGGCUCCCUAAAAGUCUGUUGUCAGGCAGCCCGAGGCCCUUUGUUCCCUGGUUACCCCAGUCCUAGUUCAGUUCCUUUGACCUCCUUUGCCCUCUCACCCUUUUCUCCUGUGCCUGGUGGUGCGAGGCCCCAGGAGAGAGACCAAGCACAUCAAAAAGACAGAUUCUCUCUAGAGUUUGGUCUCUGUUGGUCACUUUGCCUUCGGAAGAGGAGCGAGUAUUAUAUUAUAAAUUCUCUGUAUUUUGCUUCUUUAUGGGGAAUGUUCUUCAGGGCCCCACCCCUGGAGCCACAGUCAAUGCCUGAGAGGAAGAGGACAGGGAGAAACGUGCUCUCCCCAGAGCUGUGCCUGCCCUGCCGAGGCUGGCCCAGGCUCUCCUGUCUCCUGUGGCUCUGCCGCAGACGUUUGCCAAAAAGUUGAGCCUCUGUUGGUGGCACGUGGCCCAGGAAGAGAGGCAGGAGAGCCCAGGGUUCUUGUUUGGGCCCUGCCACUAGCCAAGUGACCACGGCUAUGUUGCCAAACCUCUUUGAUCUCCGUUUCCACAGUCGCAGACUGAGGGCAGGACUACGUUUCUAUGACGUCUGAGUCUUCACUCUGGGAUUCCCAGGCCAUCCUGCCAGCAACAAACUGCGAAUUUUGCAGGAUCAUUGAGGCCUCUGGGGACCCCCACUCCUGCAGCCAGUUCUGCCCUUGUGACCUUCCAAGGACCCCUCCCUCCCAUCCCACUUUCUCUCGCCUCACCUCAAUUUUCGGUGGAUUGCUUGGAGGCAGAAGCAGCCAAGGACUGAUCCCAGGCACUUUCUGUAGCAAAUAAGCUGUGAAUUAUGACUUCUCUUGCCCUUCCUCUGGCAGAACGUGCCUCCUCUCUGACCAGUUCGGAGGUGACCGGAGAAGGGCAAGGGCUAGGAUGCUGCUGCUUCUGACCCUGCUCUGCGGAGCGGCCAGGAAAGGAGCCGAGUCAGUGCACCACAUUUCACGCCCGUGCAGGCAUGGGGAAGCGCCUGGCCCCUGCAGGCCUCAGCCCUCCCUGCAGCGAUGCUGGGUGGGACUGGAGAGGCCCCAGCACUGGGGUUUAGAUUCGAGGGGACAUGAUGACUCUGUAAGUGUCCCCCUGUGGGUGGGGGGGGUAUCCAGUGUUCAAGGACAGAAAUCUUGGCUUUGCUCCCAGUUCCGUAUAAUGAGAAAUAAAAGUUCACCGAGGUUUGGUUUUGUA